GCAUAACUUACAAGAUGGGUUAUUGGGAGGAUCUCAUGAAAGAAUGGGAUAGUUGGCAAGGGAUUAGGAGCUUGUGAACACAGACCCUACCCCGUACCACCAGCCAGGGUCUGAUCUUGGCCUUCAGUCAUGGGUUACGAUAGAGCCCGUUUCCUGGGGGACGUGGAUGAAGAUCUCAUCUGCCCCAUCUGCCGCGGCGUUCUGGAGGAGCCGAUGCAGGCCCCUAACUGCGAGCAUGCCUUCUGUAAUAACUGCGUCUCCCAGGGGUCAUCUUGGCAGCAGACGUGCCCUGUGGAUGGAAGCGUGGUGACGGGCCCCCACCUGCGCCCCAUCCCCCGAAUUAUGCGGAACAUGCUGUCCAAACUUCAGAUCACCUGCGACAAUGCCGUCGCCGGUUGCAGCGCCAUCCUGAGGCUCGACAGCCUCAUGGCUCACCUCACCAACUGCGAGCAUAACCCCAAGUGCCCUCUGGUCUGCAAGCAUGGCUGUGGCCUCGAGAUGUCCAAAGGGGAGCUGUCCAACCACAACUGCAUCAAGUAUCUACACUCCAUGGUCCAACAGCAGGAGAUGCAUAUCGCCGAGCUGGAGAAGACAUCAGCCCAGCAGAAAUAUCAGUUGGCAGAACAGAAGCGAGAUAUUCAGCUGCUGAAGGCCUAUGCCCAGGUCCUCCAAAAAGCCAACCCCAGCCUUCGGGAAAUGGAAGAAUUCAGCCAGCACAAUGAGACCCUACAGGAGGUGAACUCCUUGCAGCCAGAAAGAAUGACCAGCCAGGAGAGCAAGCGCUCCACCCCAAAUCCUUCACACCAACAAAUGAUUAAGACCUCAUCAAUAGAGAGUGACUGUCGUGCCAUCGCUAAUAAGCUGAGGAAGAACACCACCAAGAGCAGCCGACCCUUGGGCCUGAACACGCGAGAGAUGGGUCAGAUAACAGGGCGGUUUGGGGACUACAUGGCCAAGCAUGUCACUGGUGAGACGGCCAUGGUGGCUAAUGUUUGGGACAAAGAUCAUACGGAUGAGGACCAAAGGCCAGAGCCUGGGUCUGGCAUGACGUCUGCUCUCUGGUGUCUAGGAAAUGAAUGGAACCAACAUUGAGGCUCUCAAGAAAUGGAUGGGCAAAACCCAAUGUGUCUGGGUGGAGAAUCAUCAUAGGAGUCCCAGUCCAAUAUGCCUACCUUUUGUGAUGCUGAGUGACCCUCCAGGACCUAAUGUACCACCAUGACCACCAUGACCACCACAUGGUGGCAACAGGCUUUGCUUUUCCCAAGAGGUUAACAAAACCCUUUGGCAAGUUGAAAGUGUAAAAUUAAAGUGAGGAACUAACAACAAA